AUGAGAGAUAUAGAUAGUAUCAUUGAUUAUAACACUGAUCGGAGCAAUAAUAAUAUUGGUGUUAUAGAUGUCUUUGAUAAAAAGGUCAUACUACUCAGUACAUAUCAAGUUUGUAAUGGGUUGCAUAGAUCAACGAUAUAUGACACUCAUUACUUUUAUGAUGUCUUUGUGGAGAGACCCACAUUAUUCCCCGAUGCGAUGAUCAUCAAGGAGGCACAACUCAUAUACCACAAAUCGAAUGAACAUAAUGAACACGGUGUUCCGUGCGCACCAUAUCUGCAUAUCAAACGAUUCACCAAUGUACAAGUGACCAAGGUCGAUAUUGGAACAAACAAGACCAACCUAUUUCACACAAUGAGUACCCUGCCAGAUGAAUGGAUACCACAACACUUGGUAGGAUCGACUGUUCUAACAGAUGACAUUAUCGAUCGUCGAUGGAGUAAAGCUACUAUAAGUGGAGUUUUACCAACCAUACUAUUUAAAAAGAUCAUUGGGUAUCUUUGUGUUUUGAAAGGAUCAGGAUCCUAUAUUCAACUGAUUAAUCUUUCAUUGGUUUGUCAUAGAUGGUAUUUUAUAGUAUCAAGAGAGAACCUAAACGUUAAUGUGAAAGUAUGUGAUGACCAAAUCUACCAAUUUUAUAAUUUAUUUUUUAGAGGUCAACAACAUUUUAUAAAGAGCAUCAAUCAUUUGGAUCUAUCGGUUCCUGCUGGUUGUGAACCAAUCUAUCCAUACACACAAGACUUUUAUACACUACUCUCAGAGAGAUCUAUCUCCAUUCGAUCCAUCUCUUUUCGCAAAGAUAACGGACACCGUUGCUGGGCUAUCCAAUCAAUAUAUAGUGAUUGUUUUCCCAACCUUUCCAAAAUACAUGUGGACAAACCACCCAAAGUAUUCUUUCAAGUAGCCAAUUCUUUACCAACUUUAAAGACUGUCAGUCUCUACAUUUCCAAUAUUGCAUACCCAUUUCAUCCACUUGUCGAAGUGAUCAAACUAGUCUCGACAAACCAUACGAUAGUCAAUUACUCUGUCAUUGUUCGAUAUGAUAUUGCCAAUACUGCCGACGAACUAUUGCAAGUUUGUAUCUCCAAUGGGUCCAUUCAAAAGAUACGUACCAAUCUCAUAUUUAAAAGUAAUAUAUAA